AUCUGCUGCUCCUGAAGAACCAUCCCCCAGCCCAUCUGCUGCACCUGAGGAUGCUUCCCCCAGCCCAUCUGCCGCCCCCGAAGUACCGUCCCCCAGCCCCAGCCCAUCUGCUGCUCCUGAAGAACCAUCCACCAGCCCAUCUGCCGCCCCCGAGGAAACAUCCGCCAGCCCAUCUGCUGCUCCCGAAGAACCAUCGCCCAGCCCAUCAUCUGCCCCCGAGGAACCAUCCCCAAGCCAAUCUUCUAUUUCGGAGGAUCCAUCCCCCAGUCCAACAUCUUCUCAAGCUACCUCCUCUAAUGCAGCUGAAGCCGAGACAGUGCCUUCAAUAUUAAACACAAAUAAUGCUGCAGAACAAGAAGAGCCUCAGGAGAGUGAGCCUUUCCAAGUUUCGGAUCUUGCCCUGAGACUGCUUUUUUAAAGAGAAAUUGAUAGCUUUGCGGCGUCAUGAUAUGACUGUGGCAAUAUAUGUAUUCUGCACUGUUUUAAAGUAAAUAUAAGCCACCAAUUGUUUGCGAAAA